UUGGUUUGAUCAAGCACAGGGAGUUCAAAUGAUGAAUCUUUUUAUGUGCUGUCCAUCUCAUGCUUGUCUUUUGGGUGUUUUAGUCUGAAGAAAGCCCUACUUCUUUGAUCAAAUCAAAGGGAGCAUGUCAUUCGAUGUGCCAGAUAGUAACCUCUAGCUUUGUGCUUGUAGUGCAGGGAGAGUGCAUCAUUAUUCUUCCGCUCUGGACCUUUUUUUUUUUUCUUUGGCUGCUGUGGUGCUUCAUUACUCAAUUCUGGCCUGGGGAAGUUGUUGCCUGCGACUUGUCAUUUGGCCAUGGAUGAUCUCUGUGCUGUCAUGCACCCGAGGGAGGUCAGUCACUCUCUCUUACACCCUUCUUCAUUUGAGCUGGAGGUUUGAAAAAGGUCUUUGAGGUGGUGUGUUACUUACCAUCACUCUACGAACGUGGCCAUGCUUUGAAGUGAUUACUGUGCAGCCCUAGCAAGUCCAAGAUGACUUGGAAUGCCUUGAAGACAUUGGAAGCAUAAUGACUGCAGCUCCAUUUUAAAUCUUAGUAGCAGAAGUUCUGUCUGAUUUGUAGUUAAAUCUCAAAGACUUGCUUGCAAUUGGUUAUCAUUGAAAGAGUAGGAGAGACGAUUACCCUGAUCCUCCCUUUUUCUUCCUACAUGUUGUUAUGAUUUUCCAUUAGUAUGAUGUAAUUUGAGUCCAGUGGGUUUACAGCAGUGUUCCAUUAACAAUUCCUCUGAAGCAGACCGCAAUUUUCCAGCAUCACAUUGCAAUGGAGAAUGAUGUUUCUGAUACCUCACAACGAACAACAGAUCAUGAUCAUAUGGACAUCAAUGCAGUUGCAUCUAAUAUGUUUUCAGGCCCAUUCACACAGUCAGGUAUGAUAGAUCAUGACAGCAAUGAGCAGAUGAUGGCUGGGAAUACUUUGUACCCAGCAUUGCCAGAAGAAGUUCUGAACAGUCUCUAUAUAACAAAUCAUGGUUCUAUCUCCAAUUAUGCAUCAAGGGGAAAUGCUUCCUUUGAGGAUUCUGUUGGGAAAACUGGCCUGCGGGAGCAUCUCCUUGGAGGUUCUUUGUUUGCUACUUCACUUGCUUACGUUUUAACAGGCUCCCCUAGUUUGCAGGAAGACAUUACUGGUUCAAGUGUUUCAUCCACUUCAGCAUUGCCACUGGAUGAGAUCAGAGCUUUAUCAUCCAGAGACCGUUGCAAUACUUUUGGGCCCCAGGAUGUUGCAAGUUUUUCAGGAUCCAAAACUGAUGCCAGUCUGAAUGGCAAAUUUGGUUACAGGUGGAAUGCUGAUGAAUCUCAGGAUCUUCAAGUUCCAUCCAGUGGAACAACAAGCACUGUUCACCCCUCUUAUCAUGUCAUAGGAUGCUCAGAGCCUGGGUGGGGUUCUGAUUUAUCCACCAGAAAAUCUGAUAAUCUACCUAGUUAUCUUCUGCCUAACAAUGCUUUGUCUCUUAGGCUUGGCUCCUAUCAGCCUUCUAUGAUGAACAUGUUUAAUGUUCCAGAUGAGUGUUCAGAAUUAAGCCGCUCUGAGUUAAAUCAGGUUAUAUCAAAGGAUAGUAAAACCCCAGACCCUACUGAAUUGCAGCAUUCCUCAUGCCUUUUCAGUCCUUCUCAAAAUCUCAAAGUGGGAAUGGCAUUGGGACUUGAACAAACCUUCACUAAUGGUGAGGAGCUAUCUCUAUGCUGUAAUCCUUCUCCCUUCCAUUUUCCUCACUUUCUUUUAGGAUCAAGAUAUCUCAAGAUAGCUCAACAAGUUCUUGCUGAAGUUGCAAGCUGUGCAAAGCUGGAUGACUUGCUUGGUGGGAUUGGGGGUGAGGCAAGGAUGUCCUUUUCUUCUAGUUGUUCAAGUGAAAGAGGAAUUAUGAGUGUGGGCUCUGAUGAAUUCACACUUUGUUCUGGUGAAACCAAAUAUCAGAGCCAUAUUGACCCACAGCAGAGGCUGGAAACUGACAAAGAGAAGUCUCAGCUGUUAGUGAUGCUUCAAAUGAUUGACUGUAGAUACAAUCAGUGGUUAGACCAGAUCCAGAAUGUGAUAUCUGCAUUUAAUAAAGCAACCGAGUCAGUAACUCCUCAACUGCAUGCGUGCUUUGCCCUUCGUACAAUCUCUGUGAUUUAUAAAAACCUGAGGGAGAGAAUUACCAGCAUGAUUCUUUUGACUGGUCAACAACAAAGCAGUGAAUGCACCAAAGAACAGGAGAAGACUUUUGAAGCUUCCUUAAUCCAGAAACAAUGGGCUUCGCAGCAGAUGAGGAAGGAUCAGCAAUCUUGGAGACCUCAAAGGGGCUUGCCUGAAAAAUCUGUCUCAGUUUUACGGGCAUGGAUGUUUCAGAAUUUUCUUCAUCCGUACCCAAAGGACAACGAGAAACGUUUGCUUGCAUUAAAAAGUGGAUUGACAAGGAGCCAGGUAUCCAACUGGUUUAUAAAUGCACGAGUUCGUCUAUGGAAGCCCAUGAUAGAAGAGAUGUAUAUGGAAUUCAGUAAACAGAGUCGGAAUGAAGGAGCUACAGGGACUGACUGCCAGAGCCAUCAAACAUUUAGCAGAGGAUCCAAAUGAAUCCAAAUAUGUUGAUUUUGGUUAUCAUGCAUCCCAUAUCCGUCAGAUCGAUAGAUGUUGAAUGCUGAUUCAUCCAAUGCAAAAUGUAAGCUUUCUGGUUCAGUUUGGUAUUUCCAGUUGAUUGCAGUCUGCACAUGAAAUGCUUCUCGAGAAUGUUCAUGACAUUCGAGUCCAAAUUAAAGGUUCGUGGUGCAAAGGUAUUCUUCAUGGAACUGAAGGCCUUGUUUUCGGUGACUUGUAGUUAUGAUGCAUUGCAUUUUUUAAAUUGUCAGGUUUUGUCAAUAUUAUCGGUGCAACGCAUGAUGGUAGAGUCAAUAUAAGUGCUAAUGAAUGCUUGUUGGGCAAUGUGAUAGUUCAUAAGGCCAGUGUUCAGGUCUCAUAUCAUUUUCCAUUUUGGUAGGUCUGCAUCAAAUAUUUGUCGACUCAUAAUUAAACAUGGGACAUGUCAUUUUUGCU